AUGAUCAGCUUUCAACACGCCUUUCCAUCAGUUCUGGCGUAUGCUGCUGCCACCAAGAACGAUACUCGAGAUCUUGCUUCAGAGCACCCUACGCCCCAGACCGUCCGACGGGGAGACGAUGCCCCUACUGUUCGCGAUGUUUUCCCGGGUUCUAAGCUGCCGGUUGAGCCUUUGGUUGCUGGCGUAAGUGCCCACCUCGAACCAGAACCAAAACCAGAGCAGCAACAACACCAAGAACAACGACAACAACAACAACGGCUGGAACCAGCAUCUGAGACUGUGAAAGAUGAACAAGGCGAGCGUUCGGUCGAGAUGGCUUCUGAACCGAUAAUAUCUGUCUCUCAGUUUGCCCACCAGUUUCAUUUACAGAGAUAUCAAGAGGGCCAGAGACGCGCAAGCCUCCUCAGGCUCAGUGACCUUCACAUUUCCGUGCAUUUCUCAGCCCGCCUGCUUCGUGUGGCCGCUGUUUCGCACAAAGGCCUAGUUGAUAGCCUCAGACAUGGAGACAAGUCCACUUUCGCAUCUGUUUACAACGCAGUCCAUGAUAUUCGCGAGGUCUGUGAAUCUACCGUUCGUCGCAACAUCCUCGACCAUGACCCUCUGGUUGGAACCGGCUCCGUAAAGGGAAGACCGCAUACUUUCCUCCACAGGCUUUCCACCGAGUCAAGGACAGACCUGCUGGAGAUUCUUACCCUUGUUCGUACUGAUCCGCAGUUCCUCUUUGAAUGUCUCAGCGCCUUGACACCCUCUCAACUUGCUGCGCUUGUAAGCCCCGUCCACUCGCUGGAGAUUAGUAGUUCCCCUGAUUCCCGAGGCAGAAGCCAGCCCUCAUCUUCCUUUUGCAAGCGUGGGACUUCUCAAUCUCCUGCUUUUAAAGACUACGCUUUUUCUUUUGAGCGCACUGAUCCUCUCUCUGCGCUUGUGUUUAACGUUUAUUCCACUACAUUGGACCCUGAUUCAUCGGAAGCUCAACUGCGUUUGGAUGUUUGGUCGUCAACCUGCGCCAAACUAAUAUCCUACGGAGGCAGUGGACAGUAUAAUUUCGUCGGGCAUCUGCUCAACGUCUGGUCUGGACUCGGUGAAUGGAAAGCCAAAUCCAAAUUUGAAAUCUACCUUAUGGAUAUUCUCCAGAAUGGAGCUUUCCUCCUUGAACAGUCUAACACCAGACAUUCGGACAUGGAUGGAGACGCCUUUGAUCCCAUGAAGACCGACGUUGCAGAACAGUUUUUUAGAACAUCCGUCCAGGCCCUGUUUGAAGUACUCGAUGAUUCUGAUGGCGGUUUCCCCGCCGGCGCUCUCGAGUUUGGACGGGCUAUUGUUGAGAAACUUGGCUUGUCCGAUUCUCGUCGACGGUUUUUAGGUUAUAUCUUCUAUCAGUGGUUCUUUGGCAAAUUCAUACAUAAUGCCAUGUGUUUCCCCGAGAGCCAUGGGUUACUCCUUGACUUCCAUGUCACCAAGGAUGCGCGGGAACGUCUACUUGGGCAUAUCGCCCUUUACGCCCAGCGUCAGGUUUCUCACAUUCUCCACUCGUUGCCUCCGUUCCCUUACGCCAUCCCUAAAAUUAGGACACAUGUAGAAAAUAUGCUCUCUCGACUCAUCGACCCGGUUGGGCAUACCUCUGAUACCACCGCGUCAACGUCAUCCUUGGGCUCGGUCAAAAGCCUCGUGGAAAAGAAUACUGCAGGCUCUAUUAUUCUUCUUUCCUCGGCCGACAUACUUACAAUUCUGGAUGUCUUCUUCCCUAAACCACCCAGCUCAUGUUCACCCGAUCUCUUUUCACAGCAAGCAUCUUUCCCUUCCUCGCCAUCUUCAAACUUUUUCCCUCGUUCCAGCCAACCACAUCAGUCUUAUGAAUCAGGGCUGUUCCAGGGAAGGAUCGAUACCCUCUCAUAUGGGCUCCCCACUGCCAAAACCGUCUUUACCACCGAGAUAAGUUUCCAGGAUGUCACAAAAUCCUACUUGGUACAGCCUAACAAGCCGUUGACUCCGGAAUCGCCUAAAAGCCCUCAGGUGCGCAAAGCAGAUCGCAUUCGUGAUGAGAUUUUGGAGAUUCGAGAGUCGGAGGACCGACCGACGCUGGACCACCCUGCAAACGAAGAUUGGGCUAUGUUCUCGGUCAGCGGCAGGAAACCUGUAGGUUUGUAUGCGACCGAUGCCGAGCACAUUAGCCACCAGGGCACUGCUUCUCGUGCAGAAUUGCUUCAAAACCAGGAUAAAAUCGAGGCUGCGGUUGUGAAGAUCAUUCAUGAGUUUGACUUCCCUCGAAACCAGGCCCUUGGUCAAAGAUCGGCCUCCGGUGCCACAAAUGGUGAACUCAGCCUGAAGAAAUGGUUCCUUCACGCCAUGGGAAUGUGCCAGCAAAAAUCUGACUUUUCUGGUGCGCACUUCUGGUGGGAAGCUUCCCUCGCUUUGCGUGAUGCAUAUGCAACAUUCGGACAGUCUGUCGCAGACACUAAGUACCUUAGUCCCAUGUACCUCUCCGUGAAGCACUCGGCAGACAUGGACUCGAGCAUGAUCCAGAGCUGCGAACGAUCCUUUAUUGACCUCAAGAGAAAGAUGGACACCCUGCAGUCCCAGGUUAAUAAAACAAUGGGUAUUAUGGCACAGCUUAGAAACAAAAUGUGGUAUAUGACAGAUGUCAAGAACUCGUUACGCUACGAGGAUGCGAAAAAUGUGGCCUUGGCUUUGAAGAACAUGGCACUUGCUCAGGCUACGCAACCAGCAGCGGAAUCCAGGUCAAGAACAGGAGCACGAACACUCGGCGGGUCUUUCUUGCAGAAACCAGAAAUACAGGUCAUGAAUGUUAUGCGAGCGUCGAGAAGUCAAGGAGGCCCCUUCAAGCUUGCCGAUGAACAGGUAGAAAUUACUCGGAAAUGGCUCCAGCGCUUUGGAAUAGAUAAUUUCUGUCGAGGUGAAGAACGAAUUCAUCGGUUCUGCUACGAAGUUAAAACCAGCGUGAAUAAACUUGCUGGUGAGACCAUGUAUGAGACCCCUGUUCUUUGGUCUAGCGAACUAUUCCAUCGAGAACGGUCGACAUACGAGACUUCUGGUUCUCGGCCUAUGAGUGGCAGCGUACGUCCGUCAAGCAUCGCAAGCGAAGAUUCACUGGGCAAUCCUAUGCAACCUCCUGCAAUAAGAUCCUUAGACCAACUUUUCCGACCUCCGAAUGACCUACCCAUGCCUCCGCUGGUCCGCAAGUCAUCCUUCCAGAGCGUGACUUCUGAUAAAUGGCAAGCCUAUGGAAACGCAUCCUCCAUAGGUGAUUCCCCUGGCAAGACGGUGUCGACUGCUACCACUGAAUCGAUCUAUCCAUACUGGUCUCCAAUGCAUACACAAACCCAGUCUAUAACGAGUGCCUCCAGCCUUCGGUCGCGCCCUCCCUCUAUGUUCAGCGAUAAUAUGCCUUACAGACGUUCUGAACAUAACUCUCAUGGAAAGCACACGUUCUUGGAUGGCCUCAAGCGAAAUUUAACAAGUCUACUGCUAAGCGAUCUUGGCUGCCCUGUUUGGAGCUGUGGUUCCGAGACUGAUGCAUGGUUCUCCGCCUACUUGAACCAACCCCGUGUGCAAAGUCAGAUGGAGAAACGUACUCGUAUGGACAGGUUCUUAUCACAAUGCUCAACUUCGCUUAUGAGCGGUUAUUGCGAGAGGGAUGUCGCGGGUGGGAAGCUCCGUCGCAGUCGUUCUACUCCAUCCCUACGUAAACGAGAAUGUGCGUCCACUCAACCAUCCAAUAAGAAAGAUACACUGGAUGGCGAAUGUAGCUUUGGUUAUGAUGAAGCUUUUGAGCAACUUAUGGACAAGUUCUCGCGCCCUGCAAAUCCGUACGUGAAGCUCGAGGCACUGCACGAAAUGUGGACACUGGUAGCAACAUCAUUGGGUACAAGUAGAAACAGCCCUACCCUUAAUGAAGAGCGGUUACGCCAUUCGACUGAUGGCAUCUACAGGCGUAACAGCCUGCAGACUCGCCAGCAACGACGAAAGUCCAACGAUGACCAGACUCCAACUCCUUCGUCACCUGGCUUAACUCCUGCUGAAGCUCAGUCUGGACUCUCGAUAGAUUCGGCGAUGAACGAAACCCAAAUCACGAACACACUCCGGGAUUUGAUACAAAAGUAUCAGCCUAGGACGCUCUUCCGAGACUUGCAGUUCAUCUCCUCCUUCGUUCCGUCUGACAUCCUCAACAAAACCGAGAGUGGAACCGCAUUCCUUCAGUUCAGCCUUGCUGCCCUCAAGUUGAAGGACGAUGUCUGCAACAGCAUGAUUGAAAUCGCAGAUAAGAUCGUGUGUGACGAGCUUGCUCAACGACACCGACACUCACACCCAAUCUCGUACGACUUCUCACCCAAGGUUGGCAACGGGAUCAAGGAUGCAGCCAACAUGUGGAUCGUCACCGCCCGAGAGGGCAACCCUGUUGCUCAGCGAGAGCUGGCAAUUCUGUAUCUUACUCACCCACAUCUGCUACGGCCCGUCACCCUGCCUCUCACCAAGCCUGGUGACACCUUCAAAGCAGAAAUGAUCUAUCGAAGAGAUCAGGAUUCGAAGUCCGACCCUCAAAACAUGUGCCUGGCACUGCACUGGAUGCAGUUAUCAGCCGCAGGGGGCGACGAACUAGCCAAAAACUGGCUUAAAGAACGACAGGAGUUCGAAUCGAUUUCUUGA